AUGUCCGGACGUCAAGGAGGAAAGGCAAAGCCGUUGAAGGCCCCAAAGAAGGAAAAGAAGGAACUCGAUGAUGAUGAUCUCGCCUUCAAGGAAAGGCAGAAGAAGGAGGCUGCCGAACUGAAAGCGGCACAGGCGAAAGCCGGUCAGAAGGGCCCCAUGGGUGGUAGCGGUAUCAAGAAGUGGGCUCAUGCUACACCGGAAUACAUUGCAUCGACAUCUCUAUAG